GAUUUUGUUAACUCUGAGAAUGUUUCGACGACAAUUGACCAUCGAUAAUCAUGUUUGCAGCUUUUCAAAAAACUGGACAGAAUUCUCGAAUCAUCAGGAACCACCAGUUCAGAGAGAAGCAGCAAAAUCACCCUGGGCAGGAGACAGAAUCGAAAAGCGCCUCUUCAACAAGACAAGUGCAAAAAAAGCAGCGACAUGAAUCAAGUUUGUUUCAGUUCCACGUCAGCGACAGGAGAAGAAAAAAUUACAGUCACAGCGAUAUCGCCAAAACGAGCGUCCAAAAUCUCCAUGUUGCCACCCUACCUCCGCAACUCCGAAGAUCUAGUCAGUACCAAUUGCGCAAUGAAAAGGUUAACAACUGAACUGAAGCUGAACAGAGAACAACUAGACGAAACGACGCCGAUCGAUGAAGUUGAAGUUUUAACUCAAGACGCAUCACGCAAGGGCACAAUUGUUCCCAUCAACGAGCAGGUAGUAAAUCUGGCCUUGAUGAAGGAGUUCUCAGUCGGUGACCAAUCGACAGAGACAAAGAUUGAAGAGACUGAUGCGGAAGAAACCGACUAUUCCAUGGGCGAUGGAGGUUCCUUGAGUCAACCCAAACUGCAACAAACUAGACUGGCCCGAAAGCAAUCGUCCGAAAAGACGAAAAACCAGGAAAACGUUUGUGUACCACAACAGUUUGAAGUGUUAUAUCAGGAAGCAGUGUUGGUUGAAGAUGUAAGAGAUAUUUCGGAACAGUUCUUUACGCCAUGCACCUCGCCAUUGAGCGGAAACCGCAAGAUUGAACUUAUGCAGACCACUCCGGUGAAUGAAAAAGAGAGUGGCGAUGUCGCUAGUCAACGUCCCCGUGAAUACAGCAUCGAGCAAGACCCUUUUUACCAGAAUGUAAACAGAAUUAUGUCAAGGGUGGAAAGCGUCUACAACCAGCUAGAAGAAUUCGAUGAGGUGUCGCAACAGCGUCCCUCUAGUUCCCACGGCAAAGUGGUAAUUUUUCAAGAUCCGCCCAAAGUCGAAGAGCUAGAGGCGGACUCUUUCUUGACUCCGUUCAUGCAUGCAGUGAAAGAUCUGCGAAAACUUACGCAGCCUGACGAAUCGGGCCCACGCCAAGCAAACCAGUGCCCGCACAGGAGCCCGUCCUACUUUAACGUGCUGACAUUCCUAGACACGUUGACUGAUUUGAAGGAGGAACGUCCAAUUGCCGUUCGCACUUCUAGGCUUGAGAUGACCGCUUUUCUUUGGCACAUCCCCACAACCGUACACUUUACCGCACUUGAGCACCACUACACAACUGGAACCAACGAAUCUGAGGAUGUGCCCAAGAAAAAGUCUGGCUGCCUCAAAAACCCCUCAAGCCACCUGAACAUGAGCACAAGUGUUUCAAAAAGUAGGCAGAAGGUGAGCUUCCUGUUGCAGAAAGAAGAAAAAGCCACGCAGGCGACCGUAUGUCCUUUUCAUGGUCCAAAGAGCGCACAGAAGAUGAACAGUGACAAUUCAACACAAUCAAUCAAAGUCGACGAACAGGCCAGUGCCUAUUCGGACGCUGUGGACAGCGAGAGCGCGGACAGAAGUUGCCUAAACGAUGACGAAAGUACCUACCAGAGCACCUUCGAGAUUAGCGAUGAAAUCUCGUUGAAAAAAAAUCAGCAAAAGUCGGAAACGUUUGAUCACUGCCAAAAUAACAAUCAAGACAGCAAGAAAAACGUGGUGGAACUGUUCCGGAACACCGGUCCAGAAGAACAAAGCCCUGAAAAAGUUAAAGUGUUUUAUGACAACUACCAAAAGAACCACCAAUCUAUCGAGACUAAAUUAAGCAGUGGCUUUUACAACGAAAAUUGCCUAAUACAAGUGGCUGAAUCGCUCAGCAAGAACCUUUCGAUCAAGAAGCGUAACAGUUUGCAAAAGGUAUCGACUAAGACGGCCUUCUUGAAAGAAUUGGCGUUGCUCGAGCCUCUAAAAAAUCUAAACGAGUUUGUCGACUCACACUUACUGAAGAAGGCCAUAGAGAAACGGCACACAACUGGCAUUAUGAACCAAAAGAACUUGUGCAGAAUACAAAAUCCCAAAUUGUUAGCCAAACGCCUGGAAGAUGAGAAUGGGCGAGACAAUAACGAGGGCCUCCUUAAAAGCAUUUAUGCAUUUGUUUAUCUAAUAAUGUUCACUGCAUUAAAUUUAGAGUAUACAUGUAUAUAAUAAAUGUUUAAAAAGUG